UUUUCUUCAUCUUGCUUUUGUCUUUGUCACCUCAUCGUCUUGCCAUCCAUAUAAGUGUCCAGGGCCAAGUGGCAGAAGUUGCUUCAACCUAAUUGUCUUUCUCUACUCGUACUGUCCUCAGAUGACUUUCUCUCUGUCUCAACUCUCCCUUCCUCCCCUCCCCUUUUGCUUCUCUCUCGCUCGGCCCAGUCUCUGUCUGUAACUGUAGCCUGUGUUUUUCUCUCCCUCCCACUCCCUGCGACGUAUAGAUACUGCAUUGAUCAGACACACGCGCAGACACAUGCACACGCAUACACCACCACUCAGCCUCCCACUCCUUUUAUCAUUGAUUCGCUCUGCUCUGCUCGGCUCUUUCUCUCCCCCCACUCCUGCAUACACAUACAUACAGACACACACCCUCUACAGCGGCACUUGUUGAAUUCAACCCUUGGAGAAUAGAGCGAGGGGGGAGAGAAACAGAGAGAUAAUGACAGAGGGAGGCAGAGGGAGGUUUUGAGACAGCGCUAGAGCGGACAGCCAGCAGAGAGAAUGGGGCUUCAUACUGAUAGAAGAUAAGCUAAGGGAAAAUAGAAGUUGGAGCGGUAGCCAGACACCCAGACUCAGUGUUGAGACAGAGAAUGACACUUCAAGUGAAAAAGCUGUCCUUCCAUCUCUAACUCUUCUCUGGUGUCCCGCUUCUGACUGCUGAUGUGUGAGGCAAAGAAGACUGGCUGGCUCUCUCAGAUGCCUCACUCACUGGCAGAGUGUGCGGUGAAUUUUUGAAACCACAUCUUCCUUUUCCUCAACAUCCAAAAUGUCCCAGCUGCUUCAUGUGGAGAUCCCGAACUUUGGGGCCACAGUUCUGGGCUCCUUAAAUGAGCAGCGUCUGCUGGGACACUACUGCGAUGUUUCCAUCCUGGUCAAAGGCCAGGCCUUCAAAGCCCACAGAGCCGUUCUUGCAGCCAGCAGUCUGUACUUCCGAGACCUCUUCAGUAGCUCAACCAAAACCCAGUUUGAGUUGCCCUCCUCUGUCACACCUGCUUGUUUUGAGCAGAUCCUCUCUUUCUGCUACACAGGGAAGUUAACCAUGGCAGCUAGUGAACAGCUGGUGGUUAUGUACACAGCCGGCUACCUCCAAAUUCAACAUAUAGUUGAAAAGGGUAUGGACCUUAUGUUUAAUAAGGCAAACUCACCUCACUGUGACUCGCAGACGGCUGGCACUCUAGAGGAGACCGGGUCAGAGCCACAGAGUCCCAGCAACAACAUCAGUGGUCUCACAAUGGCAUCGCUUAUGGCUAACCCCGGGUGGACACAAUCGCUCAUUUUGCCACGCAAGAUUAAAGUCGAGGCAGGGGAGCCUACUCCCUUAACAGUUCCCUCCACGCAAAGUAAGAUGUCAUCCUCAGAAUUGGGAAGUCGACUGGCCAGGGCCAGUUCUCUCUUCUACACAACUAGUGGAGGAGCCGCCAUACCGGGCAUGCCCCCUUUCCUCCUGCAGGGGGCAGCUGCAGCUGGAGCUGGAACAGGAGCAGAGCGAUCAAGCCCUGGAGCCUCCAGUUUACCCACCACUGACAGCCCCACAUCCUACCAGAAUGAAGAUGAGGAGUUUGAGGAAGAGCCAUACGAUGGGAUGGCUGAUGACCCGUACAGCCUCUACGGACGUUCUGCAAACUCUUACAACAUCCAGGACAAGCCUGAGAUGGCUGCGGUGCCCUUGGCCUUGGAGAACCGCAACUGUGUCCUUAUCCGCCGGGACCUGGUGGCUCUGCCUGCAAGUCUCAUCAGCCAGAUAGGCUACCGCUGCCACCCGAAGCUCUACACCGAGGGGGACCCUGGAGAGAAGCUGGAGCUUGUUGCUGGUACACAAGUAUUCAUGACUCGUGGCCAGCUGAUGAAUUGUCAUCUCUGUGCUGGAAUCAAACAUAAAGUCCUGCUUCGUCGUCUUCUGGCCACAUUUUUUGAUAGAAACACUCUGGCCAAUAGUUGUGGGACAGGCAUCCGCUCAUCCACUAGUGAUCCAAGUAGAAAACCCCUGGACAGCCGGGUCCUCAAUGCUGUCAAACUCUACUGUCAGAAUUUCAACCCUAACUUCAAAGAAAGUGAAAUGAAUGUGAUUGCUGCUGACAUGUGCACCAAUGCGAGGCGUGUUCGAAAGCGGUGGUUGCCCAAGAUCAAGUCCAUGCUGCCCGAUGGCAUGGAGGUGUAUCGCGCAGGAAUGGGCAUGACCACAGCUUUGGGCCUUGGCCUUGCUUUAGGAGCAGCUCAACAACCACUUCCCUUUGACCCCGACUUCAAAACGCUAGAGCAAAGGUUGUAUCCAGAGCGCAAAGAACCUCUGAGGACUCACACUGCUCUGACGGAGGGCAGUCCUGGCUCUGGAGCACCUGAAGGAGAAGCAGAAUCUGAAACCAAUGGAGUAGCCCACGGUGAACAUGACGAAGAGGAGCAGGCUGCGACAGGUGAAGCGAACGGAUCGCUGGGGGUGCCAACCAUGGUCAAUGGGGCAGAGGCCAGCAGUGGUGGUGAUGUGUCAUCUGAACAGCAAGUGGAAGGCUUCGGGCAAAGUCUGAGAGUGAAUGGACAGUGAACAUCCUUUAGGGCUGCCAUCCAAGUCGUGAAAUCUGCAUUUCUUUCUGCUUCUACAUAACAUCUUCACCACUCUCUUCUCCCGUGCUUCCUUUAUGGAAACAAUUAAAGUCUGCGCUUGGGAACCCUCUGUAAAUGUUCCGUAAAAAAUAUGCAUGAUGCAUACACCUAUUCAUGCAAACAAUAAAAACCUGAUUGUAAAAGUAGACACAGGCAUGACAUCCUAAACUGGUUUAUCUAAUCUGUUUUUCUUUUCCGCUUUAAAAUACUCAAAGAUGUUAGCGUGCAAGUGCACAAACAGACCACAUCACAUAAAAUACCUCAAGAACAUGUGAUUCUUGACGUUUUUUGGACUGUAACAGAAUUGACAAUAAUACAGAAUUGUAGUAGAUUUGCAUGUGAUGCCUGUGUCUUCUUCAUUCCAUUCCUAUUCCUGAACCACACAUUGAACAACUGCAGCAACUUAAACACGUCUAAUGAAAAUGCAUCAAUGGCUUUUACCUUUUAAAACUUCUGUAAGAAUCCUGGGAGACAUAAGUAACAAGACAUUAACGAGAAUACAACACCAAACCGAAGCUUGCAUGCAUGAAUCCAUUAAAAGAACAUGAAGAGAAAACAAAGCCACAAAACAACUACAGGUUAAGAUGCUGGUCAUUGCAGCAGUUUUAUGCAGAAAGUUUCUAUUUUCACUGGGAUCUGACCUCAGCCUCAUUCCACAGAGAUGAGGUCUGCAUAGAAUGGGACUUGUGAACUGAUUUUAUUUGUUUGUUUUUUUGUCAAAAUACUGUAUUCUGUAGUGUCAGAAAGUGCACUACGUUAAGUGACGUAAGUGAAGCACUGUUUCACAUGAUGUACGUAAGCGAGUGGUUGGCACCAUUGUAUUUUUUUGUUUCUUUUCUUUAUUCUUCCUGUCUAAGACUAGGGAGGCUGGGUAAGUUAUUGAGUAAAAAUGUUCUGCUGGCUUCUUCCAUUUGCACUCAAGGAAAGAAUAACAUUAGUUGGCAAGAUAUAUUGGUUAUAAAGACUGUAAGAUUCCCCCACAUAACCUUGACAUGAGGAGAAUGUCAAUUUGUAAUUGUUAUGACUAAAUGGUAAUAGGAAAAUGUAUGAAAAACAAAAGAUCUCAUAUUCUUUCUCAUCAGAUAACAAUAAUUUUUAUUGGAUUAUGAGAUUAUUAGGUGUGUGUUUGGUUAACAAAUUUUAACUUGGUUAAAAUAGAGAGUAAUAUUCAAGAUUAGUUUUAAAUUAUAUACAUCAGUUGAUUUACAUAUGACACCUUUCAUUUGUACGUGAAACCUGAAGAUCGGGCCAGUUGUGUGGUUGUUGCAAGAAUAAAGUUUCUGUUUUGUAUUUUAAGAUGCACAAUAGGCAUAAAGUAAGUUGCACACAACAUUCGAAAAGUUUACAGAAAUAAAAAGUGACCACCCCUUUAAAAGGCCUGGAAAGAGCUGCUAUUGUGUUGUUCAGUUAAACUGUAGCAUCACUAAGGUUAUAUGUGUUCAUGUGAUUUUCACUAGUGAAUAUGAAAAAUCUGUUUUUAUAUUUACCUUUUACAUUUUAUUUUUUUGAAAAAGGGCUGCAUCCCUUCUGUACAUUUGACUGUGAGGCUGGUGUAAAGCUCUAAGCUUUUGUGAUUGUGCAGGUCUUCCAAUGCGGUUAAAACCAGGGAGAUUUAUAUGACAAACAGAAGUGGCUGAACUGCAGUCUUUUUUCCUUUCCUAUUGAUUGUAAUAUUUGUUUCUAUAUACAUUUGGGGGGACAUGAGAGAUGCAGAUGUUUCUUAUUUUAGUGAAUAUUUAAAAUAUAUGGUCUGCCUUGAGCGUCAGACCACAGAAAUUUAACUUGACAUCAUGUGUUGUCUUCCCAAAACAUUUGAGAAUCUAAAUUUCUCUAAACCAAACAACUCAGUAUACAAACAUACAAAAAACACGCACUACCAGUAUAUCUAAAAUGUUCAACUGCAGUAAAACCAAAAAGCAAAAAUUAUUAAAAAUAAAAGUUCUUGUUGAGGUGGGUUGUGGAGCAGUGCCUUAGAUUGUAACUGUGUGGAUAUGUUGUGCACAAACUACUACAUGCUCAAUACAAAAAGAUACAUUAUAAAGAAGCUGAAAAUGGUUUGAUUACAAGAAUGGAUAACAGCAGUUCUAUACUGCUGUGGUAUAUCUAAAAGAAUACACAAAUCUGCUACCUGAAUAACAACAUUUACUACACCGUCAUAUUUAAAGCUCUAUUGUAUUCCAGGUUCAAGGAGCGUGGUGCACUAUUGUUAUUAUACGAUUAAUCAUUUUUAGAGAAUGUGUUUUGACUAGUUCUUGGAGGAUAAGCUAGAUGUGGUCGUGUCAGAAUAAUUAAACAUGUUUAUAUUGUCCUGUAUUUUUUCUAUUGUAACAUUUACCAUUUUUAUACCAACAGAGAAAAUGACUUUAGAGAAAAUGUAACAGAAAGGCCACAUUUGUUGAAUGAAGAAACAAUUUUAGACAAGAUUGCCUUGGCAAAUAAACUCUUAUGUUUUAUCACAACAUGCGCAGCUCAUCUGAUAAUACAGUAAGACUGAUAUGAAACAGGACCGCUUCAAUUACUUACAUUGUUUAACCUGAAAACUGUACAUUAUUAUGCAAACUCACAGUUGUAAUCAUAAAAUGCAUGCCUUUCAGAUGCCACUCUUAACACGAUGAAACCUCUGAAUCUUAUGCACCGUGUAUUAUAAUGCUGAAAAACUUGCCAGUGUUUGCAAACAAAGGCUAUGAACUCUUGCAUUGAUUAGGGCAGUGUUUUGUCACACCCUGGCCUUCAAAAUGAAUGUUUGCAUUCAGUUUUGCUUAUUGUAAAGAAUACAGCAAUCUAUUACAAAUAUCAUACCUACCUACCCAGUGAGUGUGCAUUUGGAACCUUUAGCAAUUUCUUUUUUAAAAUGCACUAAACGUUUUUUAUGUGUACGUACAGUUUGUUUUUGAAUAUAAUGCCAGCACUUUAGAAUUUAGAUAAUUGAAAGAAAAUGUCAAGGAUUUAGGAGUGACAAAAGCAACUUUCAAAGCCAUGUGCUCAGAGCGCUGACAAUCAGAAUAAGGAUGUGACCCCAAGUGCACUAUUGGGAGAGUUGACAUGAACUGUGUUAGUGCUGUUUGCUUUGUCAUUCUCCAGCUUGCUUUCCUUAUAGCUUCUUGCCUACUUUAGUAGAACGGUAAGACAAAUGGAGUUGAAUGCAGCCUCCUUAGUUGAAGGAGUGUUUUUCUGCAACAAGGAUAACUUAUGACACUCUUACCUUGGUGCUUCGUUCAGAAAGUUGCCUGUGUUGACAUAGGCCAAAUCUGCAAUGCUCUGGUAAGCAUGGGCCAAUGUUGAGCCCAAGUAUGGACUUACUGGUAACCUCUUGAUGGACAACAGUCCAUCAGUAAAUGAACUUAUCAUGCAAACUGCAUUUUGAUUAAGGUAUUCUUCUCUAUCAACAGGGCUUGGACCAGCAAAACUAGGAUGGGAUACUUUUAAUGUUGAUACUGCUUUACGUUUCAAAUUAACUGUUGAACUGUGUAUGCGCCUUUGACUCAAGCUUCAAUAAUGUAUACAACUGAAAUGCAAGUUGCCACUUUUGAUGUUGCAUAUAUCUUUCAUUCCCAUCAUGGUAUUUGCAAUCAUCACUUUCAGUUGUGUGAUUCAGUAUAUGAUUUGUUGACAUGCAAUAAAGAUCUGCUUUCUAUUAAAAGGUCCUGACUUCAUUAACUUA